GAUUGUUUUCUCAGCUUCAGAGGAUUUUGCACAGUGAAAGACCACAAUGAAGUUUGAGAAUGUUCUAGCUGAUAUUAAUGGAUUUGGAAGAUUUCAGAUAAUGAUCAUUGUCAUCAGCUUCAUUGGCCGUUUUACAAUGCCCUGCCACUUCAUGCUAAACAACUUCAUAGCGGCUGUUCCCUCUCACCACUGCGACAUCAGCUCUCUGGAUGAUGGAGGUAUUUUUAGGAAUUUAUCCCUGGCAGAGAGGCUAGUUGUUACUAUUCCAGUCCAGGAGGAUGGGACUCCAAAUUCCUGUCAGAUGUUCACAGAGCCUCAGUAUCAUCUACUGCUCAACUCCUCCAACAUGACUGACAUACCCACAGUGCCGUGCCAGAAUGGAUGGGUGUAUGAUAACACCACCUUCAAGUCUACACUGACCUCACAGUGGGACCUGGUGUGUGACAGAAGAGGGAAAAACAAAGCAACCGCUACGAUUUUCUUUAUUGGAGUAAUGUUUGGAGCCGUGACCUUUGGAAGUCUGAGUGACAGGUUUGGCCGUAGGAUCAUGCUGCUGGUGUCGUAUGUCUCUGGAAUGCUUUUUGCUGUUGCAAGUGCUUUCUCUACAUCCUACGUGAUGUUCGCAGUGCUGAGGUUCUUCACUGGGUUUUGCAUCACAGGCAUCAUCAUUGUCUCUACAGUCCUCAGUGUGGAGUGGGUGGACAUCGAGCACAGGAAGUUGGUUGGAGUGAUUGACAGUUUAUCCUGGACAUUUGGCAACACAAUAUUUGCUGCUAUUGCCUACUUUGUGACUGACUGGAGGUGGCUAAUUGUUAGUGUCACCUCACCUGUAACCUUGGCCAUCAUCACCUGGAGGUGGAUGCCAGAGUCAGCAAGAUGGCUCAUUGCAAAUGGAAAGCUGGAGCAAGCUCAGAUGUAUCUGAGAAAAUGUGCCAAGAUGAACCAAAGGGAGGACUUGGGUCACAAUCUUAAGACAGAGACACUAUCCGCUAUUGUUGUGACAGAAAAAAGAGAUCGUCACUAUUCAUACCUUGAUCUGAUACGAACACCAAAAAUGAGGAAACUGGCUCUUCGUACUGGUUUACUAUGGUUUUGUGUGGCAAAUACAUUUUAUGGCAUCAGCUUCAACAUCACUGGCUUUGGGCUCAAUAUCUACCUCACUCAGUUUAGCUACGCUUUAAUUGAGGUCCCAGCCAAGGUAUCGGUUUACUACUUACUGGAUAAAAUAGGCAGGCGACCCACUGAGGUGGGAACUCUGCUGAUGGCUGGCAUCUGUCUGGGAAUCAACAUUUUCAUACCUAAAGAUAUGUCUGUUGUCAGAACGGUGGUGGCUGUCGUUGGAAAAGGGUUUUCUUCAGCAUCCUUUGCAACGGUUGUGCUCUACAGUUCUGAGCUCUAUCCCACUGUAGUAAGGCAGAAUGGUAUGGGUUACAACUCCUUCAUGGCUCGACUUGGUGUAGCUAUGGCUCCCUUGAUUCUCUUACUGGAUGAUGUGUGGAAGCACCUGCCACAGGUCGUCCUGUGCUCUGCAGCUGCACUGGGGGGACUUGUGGCUAGCACUCUUUCAGAGACACGCAACCGGUGCCUGCCAGAGACCAUAGAGGAUAUUGAACAGCAGUGGUAGUUAACAGUUACUGAUGUGGAUUUUUAAUCAUGUGGGGAAAAAAAGUAAUAACAGUACAGUCUGAAUUGGAUUAAUUCAUUUUCAAUUCAUAAUUUAAGUGACUAUAUUUUGAAAUUGAACUCUGUGCUCUUUAUAUAAAACUUAUAUUAGCAUUUUUUACAGUAAAGAAAAACUUAAUUAAGGUGGUAUAAGGCAGUGAUUCCCAAACUUUUUUGAUUC